AUGGUGCAAUGCUUCAAGUGUAGGCAGUCGCAGGGCGUUGCGAGCAGCCGUGACGGGGCCAACAAACCGUACUGCGCGGAAUGUUUUGUUGAGUUCUGCACACGACAGAUCCGCGACAAUUUGUUCAAGCACUGUGGCAUGCCGUGUGAGGUGCCGCUUGUUGUUGCGGUCUCGGGCGGCCCCGGCUCCAUGGCACUCCUCCAUCAACUGGGAGUUCUGCGGAUGCAAAACCGUCUGCGUCCCGAACGCGGCCAAAUCACCUUCAACUUUAUUCCAUUGCACCUGCGCGAGGAUGAGCUUGUGCUGCCACUGCUGGCAGAGGCGUCGGGGAGUAAAGUGAGAGGUUCGCUGCAGGAGGAGUUGCACCGUGUCGCAGCUACCAUGGCGGGGCAGUUUGACAAGCUGGAGACGAUGAUACGGACGCAGUGUGUGCAGUGGGAAUUUGGCAGUACACCUUUAUUUACAACGGAUGAGGUGUGUGUGGUGCGUUACGGCGAUUAUUUAUCACCUAGGGAGAUGCAGGCAUUUCGUGAGCUGCUGCAUCAUCCUCGCCUGUCGUUGUCAGAGCGGGAACUCCUGUACGGACGGCUGCGGCAACGCGCGUUAGCCGCUGCCACCAUUGAGUGUAUCUCGCGCUGGCACCAGGCACGAGACGUCCCAAAUAUGGGGUGGCAUCACAUGUUGACAGGUGAGAACGCUCUUCGCUGCUGUGUGACGACGUUUCGCGAGCUUAUGAGUGGCGACGGAGAGAAUUUGAUUCAUCUCUCUGGUUACCGUGGAUUUUUGAGCCAAUGUCUCGUGCUGCGUCCACUGCGCAGUCUGCUGCCACGUGAGCUUGUACUGUACUGCCGCACCCAGGGCAUUUGGGCGGGGUACUCUCCAUCACUAAGCACCAAGACGAGUCUGCGGUCUAUGAAUCGCACGCUGGAGUUGUUUUUUAACAAUAUGCUGCAGGCAUACCGCACCUCGGUGUUCAACGUAUUAAACACAGUUAACAAACUCCGCGCUCAGACGGCGCCAGAGCUCACCUGUGUGGACCUGCAGCUAGGGGUGUCGCCGCAGCAGGCGAAACGUGUCAUACCUGGCAAGACAGCUCAACACCACUAUGAACAGUUGCGGACGAAGCAACCCCCGCAACACUCUUGGUGUUGCAAAAGCGGUGGGAUGCCGUCUUCUCCAGAGAACGACGAACGAAAUCAUCCCCUGUGUUUGCUUUGUGGUUGUCUCAUUCCUGUCGCGGACGAACACGUCGUCCAGGUUCGCACGGGAAGAAGGCGUUUCAUGUGCAAGGCUUGUAUCACGUUUGUAGAAGGUCUUCCAGAUGACGUGGUCACUGUUGUGACGUCAUUAGGCGGCACACAGCACGCUGGUGGUGACGAGAAACUAGCACGGCAAACAGCAAAGCUGUCAGACGGUGGUUCACUUGGCGCCUUUUUGUCCUUGGCAAUACGGAUGGAGUCACUGAUGCGAACCACGGAUGCCACUGCAGAAGCAGGCGGGGAAGCGAACCCAGUGGAGACACGGAGAGUACGUCGGCGGCUGAGCGAGCACUAUGUGCGGGAUUUCCUCCUGGAGGAAGGCGAAGGGGAGGAAGAGGCGAGCGCGUGA